AAGAUAUUCCAGCCGGCAAUGAAUAGUGGGUGGUGUUUGGGAAAAGGACGUCUGGCAACCUGCUAAGAAAUAACGUACAUCGACUUCCUCCACUUCUCAUUUCUCGAAAGCAGAAAAUGUAACGAUAAGAAAAAAGACACGAAAAGCGUCAAAAAGUGAAAAGUGAGGAAUUCUGCGCGAGAAGAAAGGAAAGGAAAAAUUCUUGUGUGAAAAAUUGUUAUUUCGAAAAAAAUCAUCAAUUGAAAUAAAAGAUUAUUGCAUUGACGAACGCUGAAAUGCAAGGAGUUGUAUUCACCGAUAUCUUUUUGAGUAAAUGGGAGUCGCAGUAGUGAAAAUCCCGACGAGGCAGUGUAGCAAGCAAAGAAACUCGGCUAAGGUAGUAAUUGUAGACUCGGACCAAUACCAGCAAAUAAAAAAGCAGAGACAACGGCAGCAGCAACGACCACAACAGCACAGAAAAAGACAACGUCGGAGCGGCCGUUGUGGCUGAAUAAAAGACGAGCCAACGGUAGCGGUAGCUCCACCGCCAUCGACAGCAAACAAGUGUAAUUGCAAAGUGCAACUACGGCUGCAUAAGAGGGUGGCGGAGAUCUGAGCGUGUAACAAUAAUUAUAAAGUGGAACAAUGUGUGACGUUUGCUCAGAUUUUCUGCAUUUGCUGGAGUCGUAUGAAGUUCGUAUAACCAGCAACGAUGCAAAACAUUCGAUUCUUUUAAAGAGUGAAAUUGAAACCGCUUUCGGUUAUAUACAAGCAUGGCCGCAACGCCAGUGUAUGUGUCUAUAUCGCGAUCCGAAAAAUUUUGAACGUUUCAAUCUUGUCGUCCAAUCUAUGAUAUGCUUAGCAGUACAUCAUUUAAAGCAUAUUGAACGUUUAAUAGAUGACUACAAGCGACUGACAGCUUGUAGUUUAGGUCAGACAACAAGUGCUGCAGCUCAGGCACAGAACAAUGCGCAAAGUGCAGGUGCUGGCACCUCAGACAAAGGCACAACUCUAACAACAAAUAAUAACACGGAUAAAGAUUCAAUAGACUCGGUAGAACAAGUUCCGAAAGGUAAUGUGGACGAUGAAGACGACAAUGUUGAAGAACAAAGUGAGCGUAAGAAACCUAAAAGAGAUGCUAGUUCAUCUCCACCUUGUGUAUCGCCUUCAUCACGCAACACCAAUUCUCCAAUAGUUCCAACAUCACCGCCACCCCCCGCACCAUCAAUGCACCUACCGCAAUCGAAUACAAAUAUAUCAUUAGCAGGCGCAGGACAAAAUGCUGAAUCGAAUUCUUAUAAAUCUAAUUUAAACAGUGGAUCAUCCCCAUCAACUUCGCUAUCGCAAAUAACUGAAGAACCAUGGAUAUUACCAGAAGUAGAGAAACUCUUCAUUUUAGUGUCGAAAGUGUUUCUGUUGAAUUUCCCAUUGUACAUUGCUUACAAGCAUGGUACGCAUGCGCGUCUGGAUGACAUUUCUGCUGAGGAGGCGCAGCAUUUGGCAAUCUUUUGUGAUUUACAUGACAAUGAGAUACCCGUUUACUUGCUCCGUAAUAUAACGUUGUUUUGUAAUUCGGGAGGUUUCGCCGCAAUGAUGUUGUGCUUUGAGCAGCCUGAUCUGCCAGUCACUACUGCCCAGGCUAUUACUGCCACGGUUUCAAAUAUAAAACUCUGGUUAAAUUACGGCUGCAUUGUACAGUUGUUUGUACCGUUGCGUAGUCGCGUAUUGCAGUACAUGUGCAAGUUGUCGGAUCAAAAUUUACGCUCAGCAGCAACACGAGCCAUGGCCGACUUUGUAUGGUCUGCUGUGCGUGAUCCGCUAGAUGCGUCGGUCACUUUCGAUGUGGAAGGUCUAGCUCUGGCAUUCAAGUACUUCACAUCAACUACGCUAACAAUGCGAUUGGCAGGUAUGGCACAGAUAAAUGCACAUAUAAAUCUAUUCAACGAAAUCUGCACUACUGAAACUGUUGGUGAGGUUGAGAUUGUGGGACAGAAAAUCGCCAACUGGCUUACCGAAAAUCAGAUUAUACAACAUCUCUUCGGACCAAAUCUACAUGUCGAAGUAAUCAAACAAGCGCACGUCGUUCUGAAUUUUCUUGCAGUGGAAAAUCAAAUUACCGAAGAGCAUAUCAAACUAAUAUGGCAAGCCACACAGCUUAAACAUUGUUCCAAGACCAUUUUUGAUAUUUUGCCGGCACUGGUGAAGAAUCUGGCACCACGUCCAGCCAUGCAUUUGUAUUCACUACUGUGUCGCAUGGAUCCUAAGGAGCACACCGAACAAAGCAUUUAUAUUGCAUCGGCACUUACGAAACUCAUUUGGUCACGCGAUAAUUCGCGCGCACAGAUGAGCAUGAUGCAAGACCAUCUGUUGGCCGCACAUGUCACUGCUUCCAGUUCGGACAGCGGCAGCAUGGACGGCAGUAAUUCGGACGAUGAUCCCGGCAAUGGUGAUGAUAGUAGUUUAGCUAGUGGUACGCGCAAAAGCCCGAUAGACAUAGAAAAUGUGGGUUCGGACACUGGCGCACCGCCUCCCUGUAAGCAGGCUCGUCAUAGGCGACAUGUCUGCGAGGCCAGCCCGGAAGACAAAGGAGGACGCUCAAAUGUUGAGGACUUGAUUAAUAAAAAGAUCGAUAUUAAAAUGCAAAAUCAUCGCAUUGUGAACAUUAUUGACAAUUCAAGUAGUGAGGAAGACAUGCAACAAGCCGCACUGGACGUGCAAUUGCAUCGUAAAAAGUCACGAAAGCGUCGAAAAAACAAUUUGCCGCUAACCCGUUUGCCACACGAAAUUGUCGAAGCUAUUUGGGAUGGUGGCGAGGAUGAGGAUGCCAGCAGCGAUGAUGCUGACGAUGCCGACGAAGCUGACGGCGAAGUUUUAAAUGACAGCGACGACUGCAGUGACACCGGCGGCCAAGUUGUGCCCAGCGCCGUAUUGAAACAUCUGCGCGGCGAGGGUCCCUACAUACGCGCCAUCGAUGAGACUCAUAUUAGUGAACUGCUAAAUGGUGCCGAAAUCGAUGGCUAUUCAUCGCCUAUGAGUAAUAAAUCCGAAAAGAAUAUGGCCGACUUUGAUGACGAAGAUGUGUCGCCGUGUGAGGAGGAAUUGAGCCAACUGCAUGCAUUGCGUGUUUCGCACAAUUGCGUACCGCCUGCAUUUGCCGCUGCUGCUAUGGCUGCGGCACAUUCGAGCAUACAACAACAACAACAUCAACAAUUACAACAACAAAAAUCCGUGGAUGCCGACGCUGCGGAUGUUGGCGCGGGCGUUAAUGACGCCGCCGUGGCGCGAGUGGAUACUGAUUUACAGCAACAAGUUGCGAAUGUCAAUGCGGCUGCUAUUGCCGCUGCGUUGGCAGCAGUAAUGGUGCGGCGCACUGGAGAUGCCGGCGAUGUGGACAUGUUGGGCAAUAGCGGUAAGGCUAUAUCGCCACAAGCUCAGUUUGCCGGACGUGUGUUGCAGAGCGGUGCACAACCAGGUGGGUCCCAAGCAAUACCGCUGUCACCACAACAGACACCACCGCAAGCCCAACAGCCUUCUUUCAAAAUCAACGAUGUCUGUCAGCCGGGUAAUACUUUGCUUUGGGACUUGCUGCAAGAUGACAAAAUCUUUCAGUUAGGCGAAACGCUAGCACUUGAGGCUGAGAAGGCACUAGCCACUUUGCUAUGCUUCAGCAUGGACCGACAGUUGCGCACGAAAUUCAUUGAAGGUUGUCUGCAAAACUUGGCCAGCAAUCGCAGCGUUGUGGUGAGUCUGCGCCUGCUGCCUAAGCUCUUCGCAUCGUUUCAGCAUUUUCGUCCCGCCGACACACAUCAUGUGACUAUGUGGGCCGAGAGGCAGCAUCGCAUGAUGUAUCAUUUCUUCAAUAACAUAAAAUUUUAUGCUAAACGUCACGCAGAACUGCAAAGCAAGGCCGGCGCCGGUGGUGGUGGUGGUGGUGGUGGUGAAACCCCACCUGAAGCGAUCAUGUACUCACAUAAGACACAAGUGUCGGUGCGGCUGCAUUUCUUGUCUUCCAUAUUUUCAACGUUAGGCUCGCCAAAAACCUUUCGGUUAACUUUGGAACAAGUAGAUGCCUUGUGGGAGUGGCUGGCGCACGAUAGCGAAUGCGCCGACUGUUACUUCUCUUGGUUGCAGAGUCAGGCUAAGGGUGGCGACCAGCAUGCUUUGGGUAUUGAUGCACUACAACAUUUGUAUUUAAAGAAGUUACCCGAACUGCGUCCGGAAGAAUUCUCCAUGGUGGCACUCGGCCUCUUCCAACAGCUGUGCAGUUUGGCGCGCAUGGCUAUUGCACACUAUGAGAAGCAAACCGACUCAAUAUCAUCGACAUCCUCCAACAUUGUCGGCAUGUAUCAUCUGUGGAAGAUCGCGUUGCGUGCACACAACACCGAAGUGUCGCUGGCCGCUAUACAAUACAUCAAUAUGUACUAUAUGGGGCAACAGCUGCGCUUGGAGAAGGAGUUUGUGUCACAGUGCAUGGAUAAUUUGGUGCAAGCAACCAAUACUUUGGAAAACAACGAGGAUGAGAACGCAUUGAUGUGUGUGCAGCGUGGCUUGAUGCUACUCAAUACACAUCUGGAGACAUUCCGUCGGCGCUAUGCAUUCCACUUGCGUCGCUGGGCCAUUGAGGGCAAAGGAGUCUGUUCGCAUAGCAAUCUGAAGAAUGAAGCCGCUGGCCCGGCCAUACGUAUCGUCUUGCAACCGGCUGGGCUCUCCGAAAAAUCCGUCCUGCACAUGCAUGCGUGCGAUUUGAUUGCUGAAUUGAAGGCUGAAAUAUCGAAGUGGUGGGAGAAUCUACAAGUAACCACUAGCAGCAGUGGUGUAUCGGCACCAGUUUUAGGUCUGUUACUCAGCGACGGACCGUUACGUAUUAUAACGCAAGGCCAGGAGCUGACAUCUGACUAUGAUGAGCGCAGUUUGGGUGAUGCAGGUUUCAAGGACAACCAGAUCGUUUAUGUGUCGUUGGGUGGCCGCGGUGCACGACGCAAAGAGACAAAUCUCGAUCACCCAUCCAUGCAGCCACCGCCGCCGAAAGAGUGUUUACCCACAGUAUUAUUGCUGCAGCCGCGCUACUUUGAGAAGCUCUUCUGUUUGAUGCAGACGCUGGGCGAUAUGAAGCCGCAAAAUAGCAAUUUACAAAUGCACACCAAAGCUCAAUUGCUGUCACGGCGCGUGUGGGACAUACUGGCCAUACUACCAACCAAUCCACUGAUACUGGAUGCAUUUAAAGGACUCAGUAAUGAUUUGAACGCGUUCGAGCGGCUCACCAGCGAAGAGGAGCAGGCCAAUAAACGCAAGGAGAUCAAGCAGAAGUUGAAUGAAUUGCUCGAUGCCAAUAAUCUACAGAAAUUCAUGUACUCAUUGCACAUUGUGGAGAGUCUAACGGUGAAUAGUGUGCUGCAACAGAAAGGCUCAGGUGGCAACAAUACAACGUGUUGUGGCUUUGGAGGCGGUGGUGUUAAUGGCAAUGUUAUACCCAUGGAUCAAUAUGUGCGUAGCAGUAAGAGUGGUAGCGGCUCGUCGAAGCGUAGUUCGAGCCGCCGUCGGAAUAGCAACGAAAACUGUAAUGCAAAAGAAGAGAGUAAGCGCAACUGUGGCAACAGCAGCGGCGGUAGCAGCAGUUGCAGUGGUAGUGGCAGCGGUAGUGGUAGUGGCAGUGGCAGUAGUGCUGGCACCGCAUUGGAAUCUCUGUCGCGCAAGGACAACUUCGAUAGCACGGUACAAAAGGAGGCCGCCGGUAGUGCCAGCGAUGAAGUGGCCAGUGAGGAUAUGCCGAAUCAUGACAAAGAAAAUAAUCAACCAUCAGCGGGACGACCACAUAAGCGGCUGAAACGUAGCGACAGCAAUGCCAACUUGAAUGAUGAUAAAGAGAGUCGACUUGUGAUCAGCGCUGUGGAUACAGGUAGUGGCGCUGCCGUUAGCGGCGGUACAAGCGGAGGAGUAUGCGCAACCACAGCUGGCAAUGCACGUUCUGCACACGAUCUCAAAUGGAGUGAGGUUUUCGUACGCUGCGGCGGUUUGCGUUUGCUUUAUGAGAUUUUCAUUUCCGGACAGCUGCAGCAAAGUGCCCAUCCGUGCGAAAUGCUCAACGAGUGGCGCCACGAUUGUUUAGCUAGCCUUUUGCGUGUGCUCUGGCUCUUGGGUUUUGAAGAGGUACAGGCCGAGGAUAUGCAUGUCGUAGUUUCUCGGCCACAUGCUUUUAUGCUUGAACUCAUGAAUGUCGACCCAUGUCUGCGCCGAUUGGCAUCCAUACUUAACGACGAGGCCUAUCAGAACUAUGCCUCGCUGAUACCGACCACACAGUAUCAAUACCAGUACCCAUACCAAUACCAUCAUUUGCGCACUGGCUUCUGGGGUCGCGCGCAAGUCGUACAAUUCACUAUGAAUAUAAUGGUGAGCUUUGUUCACGCAUCCGCGGAAGCACGUCGCCUUCUAUGGACCCAGGCGGAUUAUUGUAGUUGGGUACAAAAAUUCAUACUGGAGGAUCCCGAGCCGGCGGUAAGGCGUGAAAUAUGUGCUGGACUCUAUCGCAUUUGCUUGGGCAAUGCGCAAAGCUAUCAAGUGCUCUUAGCGCCAUUGCUGCGUAAGCUUAUCUCGUUCUUGCCGCUGGCCGAGAAGAUGACGUCUUAUGUGCAGCACACGCAGUAUUUGUUGUCAGAUGAGGGCAAGGAGCCCUAUGGACCUGCGUGCCGCGAUUACUUUUGGCUGCUUGCGCGACUUGUGGACACCAUGACACCGGACAUGGUGAAGUGCUCACUGGAUGGUGAAAGCGAAGGAGAGGCUAUUGAUAUUGAACGCUUGUGCCAGUCUGUUUCACAAAGCAUACUGACACGCGAUUUCUUUGAGACCCGGCAUGGCUAUCAGGACGAUGGUCUCGUCGGACUCAUCAAUUUAAUGUCGAAUUUCGUCAAGUACGAUCCAACCUUCAAGUUCAGCGGUUCGGCUUUACAAUUCAUCGACAAAAUAUUUGAGUUUCUCUUUGACAUGCCAUCACCGUUGAACCGACACAAGCCGAAAUGCAAAUCGGCUACAUCGCGCGCUGCCGCUUACGACUUGUUGGUAGAGUUGUGUAAAAAUUGUCCCAAGAACUAUGUGUUCUUGCACACGAAGCUUCUGGCACAGCAUACACCCGGCGUUAAGGCGCCAUAUCCGUGGGAUUAUUGGCCACGCGACGAAGGCCGCUCCGAGUGCGGCUAUGUGGGUUUAACGAAUUUAGGUGCCACUUGUUAUAUGGCCUCUUGCAUACAACACCUGUAUAUGAUGCCACAGGCACGAGCGGCUAUACUGAAUGUACCACCGACCGGCUCACAAAAGCAUGGACCAACUCUUUUGGAGUUACAACGCAUGUUCGCUUAUUUACUCGAGUCAGAACGUAAAGCAUACAAUCCACGGUCCUUCUGUCGUGUCUAUCAGAUGGACCAUCAGCCGUUGAAUACGGGCGAGCAAAAAGAUAUGGCGGAAUUUUUCAUAGACCUUGUCUCGAAGUUGGAGGAGAUGACGCCGGAGUUGAAAGAUCUUGUAAAGCGUCUAUUUUGCGGAACCCUCAGUAAUAAUGUGGUCUCGUUAGAUUGUGGUCACGUCUCACGCACAGCUGAGGAAUUCUACACUGUCCGUUGUCAGGUUGCCGACAUGCGCAAUCUACAGGAAUCCCUGGACGAGGUCACCGUUAAGGACACUCUUGAGGGUGACAAUAUGUACACGUGUUCACAGUGCGGCAAGAAGGUGCGUGCUGAGAAACGCGCCUGCUUCAAGAAACUACCACAAAUUUUGUGCUUCAAUACGAUGCGUUACACCUUCAAUAUGGUAACAAUGCUUAAGGAGAAAGUGAACACGCACUUCUCCUUCCCCAUGCUCUUAAAUAUGACAGACUAUGUAGAGAAGACGCUGAUGCCGCACCAAUAUAAGGAGGAGCGUGAGAAACGCCAACAAGAGCUGGAAAAGAAGAAAACUGGCGCUGAAGAUGCCAACAAAGCCAUGGAUGACGACAUUGAGGAAUGUCUAGAAUAUGAGCUAGUUGGUGUAACUGUACACACGGGCACAGCAGAUGGCGGUCAUUACUACAGUUUCAUUAAGGAACGUAACAAGUCGGCACUGCAACACGAUCGCUGGUUUCUAUUCAACGAUGCUGAGGUGAAACCGUUCGAUCCCUCUCAAAUAGCGGCCGAAUGCUUUGGUGGCGAAAUGACAAGCAAGACUUACGACUCUGUGACGGAGAAGUAUAUGGACUUCAGUUUUGAGAAGACCAACUCGGCCUACAUGUUAUUUUACGAAAGGCGUCUGCCAGAGCACCUAAAACAACGACACACCGAGCUCUUAGCAUCGCCCACAGCGAGUUCGCGCACAACAGAGGCCACUGAAAAAGCGAGUGCACACAAAGAUGAUGAAGAAUUAGCCGUUAAGUCAGCGGCGGACAAAACCGAAACCAUCGAAGCAGUUGAAAAUGAAAAGAGCGAUACUGAAAUGACAAACAUUGAGGUGAAUAACGCGCACAGCGAAAAGCCGGAGACUAGCGGUGCUGAUACGGCAAGUAAUGAGCCGCAGGCAUCCACUUCUGCUGCAGCAGCUGCAACGGCUUCAAGCACAAAGUUGACAACGGAGGCUGGCGCUAAAAGCGCACGCAUGCACAUACCAAUUUUGAAUAAAGAACUGGAGGACUGGAUAUGGCAGGAUAAUCGGCAAUUCUUGCAGGAUCGCAACAUCUUCGAGCACACAUAUUUCAACUUUAUGUGGCAAAUAUGUGGACACAUUCCACAAACACUGCUGGCGCAAACCGACGUCACUUGCAUGGCAGCCAAGUUGUCAGUUUCAUUCUUCAUAGAAACCUUCAUACACGCCAAGGAGAAGCCCACAAUGGUGCCGUGGAUUGAGUUGUUAACGAAGCAAUUCAACGCCAGCCAAGAGGCGUGCGAAUGGUUCCUCACGCAUAUGUCCAUCGAACCGUGGUGGCCCGUACAAGUGCUUAUACAAUGUCCCAAUCAAAUGGUGCGCCAAAUGUUCCAGAGGCUCGUUAUACAUGUCGUACAAAGGCUAAGAUCUUCGCAUGCGCAUUUGUAUUUGAAAACUGAUACCGAUGAUGAUGGCAAAGAGGUGAUGGGCAAUGCCUCAUGCGUAACACGUUUCAUAAGCUCGUUGAUAUUGCUGAUGGAACACGGUGCUAAAGCGCAUUUGCGACAUUUGUCCGAAUUCUUCGGUCUGCUCUUUGAGUUUUCGCGCAUGGGCGAUGAGGAGACGGUGUUUUUGCUGCGCAUCAAUGUGAUAAAGAGCGUGGCCGAUUUUUACUUAGGCAAUAAGACACAGGAUUGUAUCGAUGUUGGCUCCGAUAACGAUGAUAAUUCGUCCGAUGAGGCUUUGUCUGUGGACAAAACACGUCCGGCAUCGCUGGACAAAAUGAUUGCGUUGGUGGCGAAUUUAGUGGAACGUUCGCGUGGACAAGAUUUCCGAUUGCGUCUCUCAACUAAAGAUUACAAUGCGAUAGCCGGAGGAAAGGGUUUUCCUUUCUUGUACCAACAAAUCAAGGAUAACAUUAAUCCUCAUCAAACCAAGCACCUUAUACAUGCACUUUGCCGUUGGGAUGAUCGUUUGGCGAAUCAAAUAAUCACCAUGCUCUUCUCGUCUGUAACCAAGCACACGGAACUCUGCGGUCCAUUUUUCAAGCUCCUGACCUUACUUACCGAAACUCAAGGCGGUCCCUCUGGUUUGCCUUGUUUCUCUCAACUGGUGCUGCAGCGUGUUUGGGACGCCGCGGAGUACUGCCCCCAGUCGGCACUCGAUUGGCUUGCUUUCCAAGCGCCAAAAAAUAAAAUCGCACAUGCUUGGAUACUGCAAUCGGCCGAUAACUGGGUGGAGCAGUAUUUGUUGGCGCAUAAUAAUUCGCGCGUGCGCAACGCGGCUGCGUAUUUGCUAGUGUCGUUGGUGCCAUCGCAACCGUUCAGAGCGAACUUCCGCACACACUCGCUGCAUAAAUUAUCAGCACAUGUCUAUCGCGAUUUGAAUAGCGACGCUCAAAUUAUUUUGCACAACAUCAUCAAUCUGCUACUGCGCCUGCUGCGUCCAGCGACGCGCGCUUAUGCAGACAUCGGUGUGCAUGGCACAACCAAGCUCACAACUUACUUUAGCCUACUUAGUUAUUGUAUGGUUUCAAAGACUGAAAAACUAAUGAUCGGGCCCUAUAUGCGUUCGCUUUGGGAUCUAUUUCAUCCGCGCUUGUCGGAGCCCAGCGUGCCAGCACAUCACAACAAGCAUGCGCUACUGGCAUUUUGGCAUCACUCGAUUGUCGAUUGUCCGGAGAAUGCGCUCAUUGUCGCCAAUUGUCACGAAAUAACACGAAAUAUUGCAUUUAAUUAUAUACUCGCGGACCAUGACGACUCCGAGAUCGUGGCCUACAAUCGCGCAAUGCUGCCGGCAUAUUAUGGACUCUUGCGUUUAUGUUGCGAACAAAGUCGUGCACUCACACGCCAACUGGCCGCACAUCAGAACUUGCAGUGGGCUUUCAAGAACAUAACGCCACAUCCGACGCAGUACGCGGCCGCGGUCGAUGAGCUCUUUAAGCUGAUGGCAUUGUUUGCGGCGCGCCAUCCGGAUGCCAGCGAACAGGAGCAGCAUGAGGUGUCUACAUUCCGUCGCACAACACUUUCGGCGUACUUGACUGGAUUGGAUGCGCGCGUCUCCUGGGGCACGCUUAUAAAUGCACUGCGCAUUUUGGUGGACAACGACGAAGACCGACUGCUCGUCAUCUACAAUGGUGGCAUUGAGAUGUGUUUUGAGGCGCUGCAUACGCUACAUUCCAUGCAUCACGAAGCAACCGCUUGCCACGUGUCCGGCGAUCUACAGGAACUGCUCAGCGAAUUGGUAUUACUGCUGACUACGCUGCGCAUGAGCACACGUCUGGAUGCGCCGUCGGCAGCAGCUAACGCCAACAAAAAGCAGCUACAGCAGCAACAGCAACAACAGCGUUUGCCCGACGCCGUCAAACGAUUGGCCACCUUUCUCAAUACAUUCAAUCCACCGGAAAUCUGCCGCUUAUCGCUCGAAGUACUCAAAGAGUUGGUGCGCAAUCCCAGCUUAGAUGUGACCAGUAUACUGGCACCCAUACUCAUCAACUGCCAUCUCUCCGUGGCAAAUGCGCCGAGUAAUAUCGGACCGUUGGGUCCGUAUUUUCCACGACGCGGCAACAAAGCGCCCUGGCCAACUAUGUCGAAGAAUACGCCACGCCCACCACGCCCCAUGGUGCAGAUGAGCAUUCCUCAUGGCGAGAUACUACAGAAAGGUGUUGAUAUCGAAUACGACGCACAAGUGGAGGCAUUCUAUCGUCCGUAUCAUGAUUUUCUGGACGUGAUGAUGCGCAUGGCGGUGAACACAAAUCAACUGAAUGAGACACUGGUGAAACUGAGUUGUUUGGUGGCGAUAGAAGCGGCACCUUUGCACUUCAAUUUGUUUCCCAAAUUUUGGGUGGGCAUCUACAACAACAAAACCACAAACAAAUACUCCGAGUUGCUUAUCAACAAUCAAUACCUGGUGGAAUAUAUACACAUAAUCUUGCGCGAUGAGCGUGUCUCGCUCAGUGAUCAUUACAUAAGAAACUUCUUAGAAAUCUAUUAUCCGAAGAUAUCCGCCCAGCUGCCCAUAGCCCGUCUGCUUUACACGAUCAGCUAUUCGAUGCACUCAAAGGAGGAUCUCGAUGAUCUCUGUGGCGAUUUGUUUGCCAUCCGUGUGAUAGCUCAAUGUACAGGUAUACCGACUUCCGUCCGCAAACAGUUGAGAGGCUCACUGAAAGCACUGCUGUACAAGAGUUCGCGCUAUCAGGAAGUAGCCGAAUUGGAGAUAACACAAAACAAGAAGCCGAAAAUAGCUGAAAAAUCACCGACGAAAUUACAUGAAGAAGAAGCGCGUGCAAAAAGUCCGCCUGUGAGCACCAACCCGAAAAACAGCACACCGACACCGAAGUUGGGCGGCGACACGAAGGAAGCUGCUGGCGACGUGGCAAUGGAGGUAGAUAGCGAAGUUGAGACCAAUAAGAGUGGUAACGAAGUCAAGAACGGAGUAGAGGCUAUGGAAACUGAUAAAUCUCCGCUUGGCGACAAGAAGGAUGCCAGUGGUGACAAUGAACAUAAAAGCGAUGAUUCCAUGACUGAAAAGAACGAAAAUGAUGCGGAACAUACUGCCAAAAUAAGCCCAGAAAAACCCGACAAAGACGAAAUUGAAGAGAAAGAAAAGAAAAAUGACGAAGAAACGAAGAAAUCGACACCAACGAAAAUGUCCAAACCGGAUGCUGAGGAAAACGCGGCCAGUAGUAGUCAAGGUGGUGCUACCACGAGCCCCAAAGCUAUAGAGCAGAGCAAGAGAGCCGAGCAAAAGAAACCCACGGAGGUGCGUCUGUACGAGGAGCAUGAAAAGCGCAUCAAACUUUUGCUCACCAUGGAAACAUACAUCAAGAGCAUACUCGUGCUGAUGCAACGCGACGAGUGCAGCACUUCGCCAACACCGGCUGCACACGGCGGCGGAGAUGAGAGUGAAGCGGCAGCAGACAUAUCGGAGGUGGUCAGUAAAAGAGGAGCGAGUGUUGCAGUGGCGCCCACAACGCCAUCACCCUCUUCAGGCUCGGCUGGCAACCGUACCGAUUCGACACCCGAAAAGUGCGAGGAGCAGACAACAUUACAGUGCAAGGAGCAAAGCGAUGCAAAGGCGGGAGACUCAAGCGACAGCCACAACUCGCCAACUAAGUUGCACGCUAACAAAGCAACGGAUAAGGGAGAGAAUGACUUAAUAACAGCAAAUGCAAAUACAAAUACAAAUCCCACAACAACGAUGACACCAACGCCCACGAUAUCGGCGGCCAGCGCAGCCGCAUUACAUUCUCAACAGAUUUAGUUAUCAUUCAAUGAUUUGCUGAAUAUUUUGUUUUUCGGUAAACUGCUGGAAUAGUGCCGCCACUAAGUUGAAAGUUGAGUGCGAGUGCAUAGUGUAGGGCGCAUGCGCAAGCGCGUUUUAGUUGCAAAGGCGAUAACAUUUUUGUUAACUCUUACACAAGUAAUUAUUGUUAUAUGCCAGUAAAAAUUAUGUACUUUACACACACACUUAAAGCAAAGUUCAUUAGCCCAUUAGAUAUUUUUGAAAGUUCAUUCAACCGUUAUUUUGAUUUAUCGCCCUACAACGUGCUGAAGUACCUUUUGCUUAAGCUAGGUAGAACUUUACUAUAUAUGUACUAUAAUAAUAAUGAAAUUUGAAUUUUUUCCCACUUGUGUGCUUGUUCUUAUCCAAACACACACACACCCAACCCACACCUGCUUAGUGAAUGUUAUUUAGUUAGCUGUCCAAGUGCAGUGCAAUGCAUUGACUUGAACGCUUCAUUUGUUUCUUUUGUUUUUGUGUAACACGAUUUAACAACGUAUUACAUGUAUAACAUACAUAAACAUAUAUAUAUAAAAAUAUUAAUCCUAAUAAAGAAUAUAUGAUGCUAUUAGAAUUUCUGGCCCAAGGUCAAAAAUACGUUCAUACAUAUAAUACAUGUGUGAGAAGAGUAGAAACGAAAACAAAAACGAAAAAAAUUGCUAACCUAAGGUUGGCUGUGUGAGGACAACAAAAAAAAAAAACAAAGAAACAAAAAAUAAUAUUAAUAAAAAUAAAAGUAAACUGAAUUUUUAAUUAGGCAACACGUAAAUUGCUAUUUACUGCAUAAUUUUCAGUUUGAGAUCAGCUGAAGAGAGACAUUUAUUUCUCCAAUGCUUGCAAUUUCAAAUCAAAAUUUAUACAUACAUAUAUACGUAUAUAUAAUGUAUAUCUACAUAUAUAUAUACACGCCCAUUCAAAAUUUAGGUGUCAUAAGCAAAGUUCCUAUUUUCUAUUUAAGC